GUGUAUGGUUUAGGGCGCGAGGAACAGAGAGAGUGAGAGAGCUGUAAAGAAAAAGGCAACGACUCUAGCGAGGGAACAGACCGACUCGUUGACCUGGAGUAGUCUACCGAGGACAACUUGCCGUCUCCAUCGGAACCAGAACGUGCCCGAAGGGACUGUAGAGCUGUGUGGCCAGGAUCCAGGAUCAAACUCAGCUUGGAUCAUCUAAAGCUGGGCUGCUACUGUCAGACCGGGUUGGAGGACAAUCAACUGCAACUGCUGCCGCCGCUGCAGGUUGUGUUCAGUGUGGUGUGGACUUUCUCACGUUGCUGCAGACGCACACGCACAUACAGGAGCUUGCAUGCCCCGCACUCCCCUCCACCCUCCCUCCACCUCUCUCUCUCUCACACAUAGACAAACUCAGAGGGAGAGGCAGUGAGUGUGUGAGUGGCGGAUCGUGUCGUGUGGAGCGUACUGAAGAGUGGAGUAGAGCGGAGCGGAGCGGCAGACUCUACCAUGCCCGUGCAGGGAGGAAGGCUGCAGCGCUCAGUGCCUCUCUGUCUCUGGAGCCGGAGUCCUCUGCUGCUGCUCGGACUGUUUUCUCUUCACGCACAGGCACACGGGAACAUAUUGGACGGUAUGCUGCUGAGAGCGUCCAGUAAGGAGGCAGUGGAGAGCGGGAAGGAGGCAAGUGGCAGCACGGCUCCUGCUUCAUCCUCACAGAGACUGCUGUGGUGUCACUGUUAUCACCACUGUCCUGAUGAUUCAACAAAUAAUACAUGCAGGACGGAUGGUUAUUGUUUCACAAUGGUGGAGGAGGAGGGGGGUGUCCCGGUGCUGACUGCAGGCUGCCUUGGGCUGGUCGGAUCUGAAUUUCAGUGCAGGGACACAGGGAAUUCGCGUCAAAGGAGAUCUCUGGAGUGUUGCACGGACCAGGAUUACUGUAAUAAAAACCUGCAUCCCACGCUGCCACCCCUCAAACCGCCCCUCUACGUAGACGGAAAGAUCCACCACAUGGCCUUGCUGAUCUCAGUCACUGUGUGCAGCAUUAUCCUGGCCAUCAUUAUUGUCUUCUGCUACUUCAGGUAUAAGCGGCAAGAGUCCCGUCCCAGGUACAGCAUCGGUCUGGAGCAGGAUGAUACCUACAUUCCCCCUGGAGAGUCUCUGAAGGAUCUGAUAGAGCAGUCACAGAGCUCAGGCUCAGGCUCAGGGCUCCCUCUAUUGGUGCAGAGAACGAUAGCCAAGCAGAUCCAGAUGGUAAAGCAGAUAGGCAAGGGGAGGUACGGCGAGGUUUGGAUGGGAAGAUGGAGGGGAGAAAAAGUGGCUGUCAAAGUUUUCUUCACCACUGAGGAGGCCAGCUGGUUCAGAGAGACGGAGAUUUACCAGACGGUCCUUAUGAGACAUGAGAACAUACUGGGUUUUAUAGCUGCUGAUAUUAAAGGAACUGGCUCCUGGACUCAGCUCUACCUGAUCACAGACUACCAUGAAAACGGCUCUCUGUACGACUACCUCAAAUCAACCACGCUAGACAAUAAAGCCAUGCUGCGACUCGCCUACUCCUCUGUGUCAGGCCUCUGUCAUCUCCACACAGAGAUCUUUGGCACCCAAGGGAAACCUGCCAUUGCCCACAGGGAUCUGAAGAGUAAGAACAUACUGGUGAAACGGAAUGGGACGUGCUGUAUAGCUGACCUGGGACUGGCAGUCAAGUUUAUUAGUGACACCAAUGAGGUAGACAUCCCUCCUAACACCAGAGUGGGUACAAAGCGCUAUAUGCCUCCAGAGGUUCUGGACGAGACUCUGAACAGAAGUCAUUUUCAGUCGUACAUCAUGGCCGACAUGUACAGCUUCGGGCUCAUUCUCUGGGAAAUCGCUCGACGUUGUGUCUCAGGAGGGAUCCUUGAAGAAUACCAGCUGCCGUACCAUGAGUUAGUUCCCACAGACCCAUCAUAUGAAGACAUGAGAGAGGUUGUCUGCAUCAAGAGACUACGACCGUCCUUCCCUAAUCGAUGGACCAGUGAUGAGUGUUUGAGACAGAUGGGGAAGCUGAUGACAGAGUGCUGGGCCCACAGCCCGGCCUGCCGCCUCACAGCCCUACGGGUCAAAAAGACACUUGCCAAGAUGUCAGAAUCACAGGACAUCAAGCUGUGAGCAGCUACCGCCAGGUGUGUGUUUACACACUGAGAAAGGGCAUUAACUAUCACACUGGUUCUGGUCCAGGCUGCACAAUCCUUUUUUUGUUUUUUGUUUUUUUUUUCCCGAGGAGACAUGGUGAGCAAGAUCAUUACUUCAGAGUCCAAACGCCCAGAAAUCUGUAAUCCAGCACCCCUGUAUGAACAAUACAGAACAGAGCUACAAUGGUUUACUAAAACUAAAAUAAAUUUGACAAAUGGACGCCCUGUUUGGACUGAUGUUUUCACUUCAGGACUCUGAAACCAGCUUCCUGCUCCUGCUGGAGAAAGAGAUUGAAUUUGGCCUUGUAGCUGCAGAGAAUCACAAACAAGCUACUGACCAGUGAGUGGAAUAAUCUCCGACUGCUUUCUGUGAAAGCUACCUUACCUGUAGAUGAAGGUCCGACUGAUAGAAUGGAAAGGAUGUGCUUUAUUGCAGCAUGACACCUCCUCUCUAAACACUGUCACUCCACUACUGCCUGUUUGUCGUAAUUGGAUUGAACACAUUUUUGUCACUCUUAAACUGUUUUUGGUUCCAAUGACUGACUGACACUAUGUGACAGAAAAAAGAAAAUGUGUAUUUUGAUGCUUUAAAUGUUCUGUUUAUGCUGGUUAUGUUUGUAGACACUGAAGAAGAGCUAUUCAUGUAUUUUUGAGUUUGGGUUGGUUGAGAAAGUUGCUAACAGAUUUUUCCAUGUAAAACUCAAACUCUUUAAUACUAAAUGUUAAAAAUAAAAGUUAU